AUGGCCUACGGCAGAGAGGGCGGUGGUGGCGGCGGCAGCAGCAGCUGCGCCCUGCCCACGUCAUCAGUGGGCGGGCCGCGCACGACGACGGCCAUGACUGCGGCCAGCAGCAGCACCACCGGCAAUCACCAGCCCCAGCAUCAGCCGUCGAAGCAGCUGUACACCAGCACCAACAAGCCGUACCGCCUCAACUCGGGGCGGCCGAACCCGCUGGACAGCGUCCGAGAGGAGCAGCUGCUGACGGUCGGUCUGGCCGGCCGCCCCCUCGGCCGCGACCAGGCGCUGAAGUGGGCGAAGGUGGGCGGGGCGACGGUGAACAGCGACUUCGUCUACCAGCUGACCACGCGGCGGACGCUGGAGAAGCUGCGCCGGGCGGCGGGCGCCGGCGCCGACGUGAUGACCAUUCUGCAGGAGGAGUUCGCCGCCCUCAGCCCCAUCGUGCCGGGCGUCUACCUCACCGGCACCUUUGGCCUGCAGAAGGAGGCCUUCGAGACGGCGAAGGUGUGGGUGGUGGUGAACGCCACCACGGAGCUGCCGCUGCUGAAGCUGCCGACGCUGCUGGCGGUUCGGGUGCCCGUCGAGGACGACACCGCCCACCGCAUCGACCGCUACUUCGACGACGUGGCCGACCUGAUGGAGACCUGUCGCCGUCGAGGCUACGGCUCGGUGGUCCACUGCGCCGCCGGUGUCUCCCGUUCUGCCGCGCUCACGCUGGCCUAUCUGCUCAAGUACACCGACCUCAGUUUGCUGGAGGCGUUCCGUCACACCCGAACCGUCCGUCCGGUGGUCCGCCCCAACACCGGAUUCAUGGAGCAGCUGGUGGAGUUUGAGCGCAAGCUGCGCGGCGAUAGCCGCACCUCUGUGCGCAUGGUGCACGUCACCGACGAGAAACGCCGAGUGACCGUGUACGUGCCCGACUUCUACCAGAAGGAGUACCCGGAGCUGUACGAGCGGGAGGUGGUCAAACAGCAGGAGAUCGCCGCGGCCGCCGCCUCUGCCACCAUCACCCCCGCUCCG